UUUACUGUAAGUUCGCUCAUCUCUAGUCAUGGGACAUGUAGGGUGUAGAAGUAGUCAUGGCUGUCCGGGCUGUAUCGAGGCCUACUCAAGCGUGAUUGACAGCUGGGUGACCACCGACAUCACCGCUCUUCACUGAAAUUUUGCGCAGGCCUAGAGACAGCGCCAUCUCUGAGCAUCUGUAGGAAUAAGAAAGAAAGACUGAAGGAUGGCGCCUCUUGUAUUACCCUUAAGUAACGAGAGCUGGGUGGGGGGCAACCCCACGGGGCUUAUAGAUGGCAGCUCACCUUAGAGAGAAAAAUAAUGCGCAUAUCACCCCAGUUAGGGUCGGGGUACCAAUGGUGCGUGUUGCUGCUAGGCUGGAGGGUUGCAGGAGAAGACAGCAGUCGUCCUGAGUGGAAUAUGUGGAAGCAGAGAAAAAGACCCUUUGGAAUUCGGCGCGGCAGACUCUUGGAGAUGGAUGGAGCGGAGCUGGGUGAGACCUAUGGAUCUGUCUACACCCUCAACAUAAUAAACCAGUGGGGGAUAGUACUGAUUGGAUACGACGCAGUGAAGGAAGCAUUAGUGGACCACAGCGAUGCCUUCAGUAAUAGGGGACCCACAGUAGCAGAAGAAUUGUUUUUUAAGGAUUUUGGGGUCAUUGCAAGCAAUGGAGAAAGGUGGAAAAUUAUUCGUCGAUUCUCUCUGGCAACUUUGAGAAAUUUUGGAAUGGGAAAGAGGAGCAUUGAAGAAAGAAUCCAAGAAGAAGCCCAGUGUCUCGGCGAGAAAUUUAUGAAGGACAAAGAUACUCCAAUUAACCCAACACAUAUAUUGCGAUUGGCUGUUUCCAAUGUCAUUUGUUCCGUUGUGUUUGGUGAAAGAUUUGACUACGAAGACCAAAGAAUCUUGACCCUCUUGUCAAACGUUAACGAUGUUACCCAGCUGUUCAACUCCCGUUCAGGGCUGCUCCUAAAUGUCAUCCCAAACAUAAUGACCUACGUUCCUGGACCUCACCAGAGGUUGUUUACAAUUAUGGACAACCUGAAACGAUUUAUUAGGGAGAUGGUGAACACCCACCGAGCCACCCUGGAUGAGAACUGCCCCCGUGACUUCAUAGAUUGCUUUCUUAUGAAGAUGGAAGAGGAACGAAAGAAUCCAAACACAGAAUUUCAUGAGAAAAACCUUGAGGCAACAAUAUUAGACUUAUUCUUCGCUGGAACAGAGACUACGAGUUUGACUCUGAGAUAUAGUUUUCUUAUACUCUUGAAAUAUCCAGAAAUACAAGAAAUGAUUCACAAAGAGAUCGACAAUGUAAUAGGCAAAGAUCGCUGUCCAUCAAUAGAAGACAAGACUAAAAUGCCCUAUACAGAAGCUGUAAUCCAUGAGAUCCAGAGAUUUGCUGAUAUUGUUCCUGGAGGAGUGCCCCAUGCUGCCAGUAAGGACACAACCUUUAGAGGAUAUCACAUACCAAAGGGCACCUUGGUAUUUCCAGUUCUGACCUCUGUCCUGAAAGACCCCAAAUAUUUUAGGAACCCACAUGAGUUUGAUCCUGGAAACUUUCUUAAUGAGAAUGGUUCCUUUAAGAAAAGUGAUGCAUUUAUGCCAUUCUCUGCAGGCAAACGCUUGUGUAUGGGAGAAGGCCUGGCUCGAAUGGAGCUCUUUCUUUUUUUUACCACUAUUCUGCAGAAGUUUACCUUGGAGCCAACCAUAGACAGAAAGGAUUUGAGCAUAAGACCAGAGCCCAACACCAAUGCCUCAAGACCUCAUUCAUAUGAGAUGAAUGUGGUCCCUCGGUUCUGAGUUGAAGAAGAACUUUUUCCAUAAAGGAAACAAAGAAAUUAUAGAACUUUGUAGGCUGCCCCACUUGUUGAAGGACAGCGUUUGAAAACAAAGACUUUUUUUCACUUUUUUCCCCAUUAAUUUUAGAUUUUUUACUGGUCAUCCCUGUAUCAAUUUAACAUGUAAGACAUAUGUGUCCACCCCUGACUUUCCUUUAGUUCAGUUAAAGUGUACUUGUACUUUAUGCGUGAUUUUGUUACAUUAACUUGUAAGAGUGGCACCAAGUAUGAUUUUGAGGAAUCACUGCUGUUAUUUAGCCCCUGGAAGCCUCUGUGCAUGGUGUACAGCUGUUUCUCAUUCUCUUAAUUUCAGAGGCGGGGCCAAAGCUGGCCAAUCAAAGGACAACACCUAGUCACAAGCCCUCCUCCUAUGUGCCAUUCUACAUCAUAGUGCUGGAGAAAGUGUAUUGGACUUAACAAGCUGGCACUGUGCUGCUGGACAAUUUACUGUACUGUAUUAUAGAUUACAUGUAGAGGAGAAAGGGGUUAUUAAUGUAGGGUGCCAUGAAAGCAGAUAGAAAAAAAACAACAUGAUCGCAACAAGGAAAGAGAUAUAUCUCAAAAGCAGCCCUGGUCUAAGCAGCGAACUAAUGAUAAUGAAGGUGACAAGCUAAGAGGAGCGAGAAGGGGACAUUACAUUCAAUAAACAGCACUGUGGACAUACUAAGAACCUAAUUGUGGGAAAUAUUUUUUUCUUUGUUAACCAGGGUUGAUAAUCUCAUUUUCUGAUGCACUUGAUCCCCCAGAUUCCUCAGUUGCUGGUCCCACUAGUUGAUGCCUCUUCAACAUCAAAUUCUUGAGAAGUCUUAUUACUAUUGACCACUCAUUUCUGGUUUUAUCUUUCCAAUAAUCCAGCCAUUCUCACAAGCACUUGUAAUUCGUUUCUCUCUCUAUGCGCCAGACAAAGCCAUCUUGUCUGCAGACUUGUCACGACUGGUCAGGGUUGCUGUGUCGGCAGUUUUAUGAAGUAUUACAGUUGCAUGCAGAUCUAUUCUACCAGAUAUGCAUGUUUUAAAAAGUGGUGCAGGGGUGCCACUUUUUCACAUGGUGUGCGGCAAAAUUGGAUAGAGUGAAAACCGUUCACAGAGAUUCACUACAGUUAAUAAAUCAAUUUUAAACUAGCUGAUUCCUCAUUUUUGAAUUUGUGAAAUGAGUUUGAAUCAUGCGUAAAUCUUAAUACACUUUUCUCACUUUAUUUGUUCCCUCUCAUCUCAGAAUAUAUUGGUGGUCACCAGACAAAUAAUUGACUUCUUUAUUAUUGUCAUAUCAUACAUAAAAAAAUACUGCUGUUUCCGACUGAUACAUUUUUUUCUUCACAUAUCAAAAACUGGAUGUUCCCCCAUAUGAGUUCUGGAGUCAGACACAUAUGUUAAGUUAGUGUCCAGAAAUUUGUAAUGUUUGACCGUACUUGGUAUGGACAAAUUGUGGCGCACGACCGGACAAAUUUACUGAAAAACAUGCACCUACAUAGUAAGUUUGUCUAAAAUUAAGUCUUGCAUGUCUGAAACACCAGCAACAGUGAAUCCAACAGUAUUAGUAAAUUUCCCACAAUGAAUUUAGGGAUAAGUAAAGAAAAGAUGCUUUUGUAUAGAAACAUUUUUUUUUUACAUCUGUAAUUGUUUUGUACAAUAAAAAUAUGAGAUUGU